CCCCUUACAAUUUCCACCUCAAUUUGCACCCUCUCGAAUUUGCACCCCCUCGUUGCCAAAUAUAGUGUUAACACAGCUUCCCCAGUGCGGCAGUGCCGGGCCGCAUCAUUCUGUUUGGGCUGAGAGAAUGGGCUUGGGCCCCCGGAAAUAACAGCAGCCUCUUCAACGGGCCUCAAACCUAGACAUAGGAAAGCAUGGAGGGUUCUUUGCUUGUGACCAGGUCAUCAUAUCAAAAUGUCGCAUCAGGAAGAAAGUAAAAGGGAAGGAGUGAUUCCCCCGACAACACAACAUGAUUCUUCUGUGCCGUAUAAGUAAAAGAGUGAUGGAGAAGUAACACACAACAAAUAAAUUGCAGAUCCCCUCUCACAUUCCAACAACACACAAACACAAGUACACAAACAUAUCCUCUGUGCCCAAAAAAAAAACAAACAUCAUGGCAUUGCCGUUGUACAUGCUGCUCUUGUCAAAGUCGAACAACAAGUACAUGAAGUACGUCCACGAGGACGGUGACCACCAUGGCUUCCUCCAGUUCUCCGAUGUAGACGUCGCCAGCCCUUACGCCAGGUUCGAGAUCGAGCCCUCCAAAACGAAAAAGGCGUACGUCCACAUUCGAUGCUGCUACAACAACAGGUACCUGGUGCGGAAGUCGGAGCAAGACAACGUCAUCAUGGCUCGAGCCAAAGCCCCGGAGGAGGACGACUCGAAAUGGUCAUGCACCCUCUUCGAGCCCAUCCUAUUCCCCACCGGCUCGAAAUGGUCAUGCACCCUCUUCGAGCCCAUCCUAUUCCCCACCGGCUCGAGCCACGACGACGGUCCCAUCACGACCGCUGUCCGGUUCGUCCACGUGCAGCUCAACCAGCCCCUCCACCUCAACAACAACAACAACAACUUCCUCUACGCAGCAGAAGCAGCGAAAAAUAAGUCGGAAGAAGACGGCGGUACGAGCGCCGAGUUCGCGGUGGUGAACUGGGAGUCGCUGGUGAUCCUACCGCGCUACGUCACAUUCAACAACGGGAAAGACUACCUGAACGUGGAUUAUAACAAGCAUAGCGAUCUGCAGGCGCUGCGGUUCGGGUCGGAUGAUGUCGGCGACCCGGCGGUGGGUUACGAGGUUUUCGCCAACGUGGACGGGACGGGAGCGUGAGGGUGAAGUCGAGCAUGAUGGGGAAGUUCUGGAAAGUGGAUGGUGAGAGCGGGCUGGUUGAAGCUGUCGCCAAUGAGAAGAAGAGUUUGGAGGAGAGGCUUUGCUGGUUCUGGCCGGUCAAGCUGGUCGAACCCAACGCGGUGGCGCUUCGCUGCGUCGGCAACGGGAAGUUCUGCGGGUUUAGUGACGUUGGUGAUCUUAAGAACUGUUUGGAAAUCGCAGGACUUUUCCGGUACAACCUCCGGUAUGGUAUUUCAAUCCUUGUUAUUAUAUGAUGAGUGACGGAGGGGGUCAAACAUGGUGAACCCAACUUUCGAAUUAAAUUUAUCCAUUUCU